AUGCCUCCUGUCGGGAGCGACGGCCAGCAUCAGGGCGGCCGUGCGACGCCGCCCGCGCCCGAGAGCCCCCUCUGGCUGCCAGCUUUGGCACAGGCCGCUGGGGGGGCUGGGCGCCUGACCGACGCUGCUGCGGCCGGCGCGCUGCCACGUGCCAAAGACCUCCGGGCAGCAGCUGCAUCUCAGAUAAGCGACCCUCGCCAGCUCUUUGACGCAAAAACGCUGACUCAGCAGCAGCUGCCCCUGCAGCCGGGGCGCGUAGCACCGAGCGGAUGGCAUUCGGGCGCGGCACCAGCGCUUGCGCGCGCGGUACACCCGCCGCCGCCGCGUCUGCCGGCGAUCGAGCCGCGGCGCACGGACACGACAGUAGCGCGGGAGCGGACAGAGGCGCUAACGCAGCUGCGGGCCGGCGGCGGCGGCUCCCUCGGCGGCACGAGCGCAGAGAUGGCCGCAGCCCCAGGAACCUCCUUCGAGGGAGAGGCAGCCCGGCACCACAUGCAGGACCCCCGGCAGCAGCAUGCAGGCACAGACGCGACCACGCACGCGUCGAGUGCAAAGUCGGCGGCUCGCCGCGGCAGCGGCAGGGCGGGGUCGCCGGCGGCGGACGCAGAUCACGUGACAGGCGUCGACACCGGCGCGGGUGCGGUCGCCUUUUUUGGUCGCCACGGGCAGGAGGGCCCCGUGAAGUUCUUCUACUGCAGUAGGGCCCCCGAGGGCGCCCGAUUCCGGCCGUAUGACCUGGUAGUCGUACCGCGCGAGGAGGUGCGGGACGAGUACUUCACCAUCAGCGCCACUGGCGUUGUGCGCAUCAAGAAGGGCGCGCAGGCCGACUUCACGCCGCUGGCGGAGUGGGUGCGCGAGGCGGCGCUGUUCGACGCGGUCGCGUCGGUCGGCUUCUUCAAACACUACCUGACGGGCCGCACAUUCCGCGCAUGGGCCAAGGUCGUCCGCCGCAAGCACUUCCGCCGCGUGCGCGCGGCGAUCGCGGCGCGGCUGCUGGUGUCAAAGGAGAACUUCCAGCCGGCGCUGCGGGAGAUUCAGGGGCACGUCGCAGAUCUGAGAUCCGUCAGCUUCUGCGCCGCCAACGCCAGCCACCUCCAUACCCUGCAAGAGUACGUUGAGCUGCAGCAGCAGGCGCGGGACGCGCGUGCUAAGCCGGCGGUGGAAGCUGUGGUGGAGCGCGUCCAGAAGGUGCUGGAGCGUGUGUGCCGCGAGGUGCAGGCGCAGGCGGCGCUGUACCAGGAGUCGGUUAGGGACGAGGCUGAGCUGGCGGACACGACGGGCGUGGAGCUGGGGCAGGGCCGCUCCGGCGCCGGCCGCGCGCGCCCGAUGGUGGUGGUCAAGAAGGAAAAGAUGGAGCGCGCAGCAAACUACGCGCGGGUCAUGGAGGAGCUGUCUCUGCUGGGCAAUUUCGUCCGCCUGGCGGACUACCUCCUAGUCGGCGGCGUCACGGGGCGCGCGCUGGCGGCGGCGGAGGACACGCUGGCGCUGCUGCUGGCCGGCAGGGAGGCGGGCGCAGCGACCAACAAGGGUGUGUUCACAACGGUCGUGUCGUUCGUGCCGGGCGGCGGCACUGUCUUUGCGCCCGACGCGCCCGCCGUGAUGGAUGAGAUCAAUGGCAACACGAUAGAGGGCGCGCUCGCGCUGGCGCAGGCCGCGCCGCGUGUGCUGUUCAUGCGCGCGUUUGCCUACCUCUUCGACGCCCGCCCCUCCGGCCUGAACCCCCUGACGAUGCUGCGUGCGAGCCCGGAGUUCAUCGCUGCGCGGCAGCGAAUCAAUGAGGCGGUGGCUGGUGACUUCAUGGCCGCGCGCGACGCGGCGAGGGUGCUGGAGGACUACCGGAAGGUCUGGGAGUUUGGGCGCGCCUGGGACGGCGACGCCUACGCUGCCCAGCCCCGCGGGCUGGCAGAGAUCCGGCGGGACCUGGUGGUGCAGCGCAGCUGGAAGGGGCUGCUGGAGCGCAUGAAGACCAGCCUGGUGGUCGGCUGCCUGCAGGUCGACGCCAAGCCCCUCAAGGCGGAGCUCAUCCCUGUCACACAGGCCGCGCAGGAGCGCAUCAAGCUGGUGCUGCUCAGCCUGGCGCGCGAGGCGACGCUGGCCGCGCUGGAUGACCUCACCGCCCGCGUGGCGCAGCUGGCGUCGCGGCCGGCCACCCUGGAUGGCUACAUGGGCUACCUGGCAAUGCACCUGCAGCAGAUUGAGGACCGGCGCCAGCUGGUGGCGACAUGCGGCCAGAUCGACGACAUGUAUGACUCGCUGGCUGCCCACGAGCAGAAGGUGCCCACAGCUGAGCAGGUCAAGCACGACGACCUCACAGAGGCUCUCGCCUCGUUCCAGCAGCAGCUGGCAGAGGGCAAAGAGUGGCUGGCUGACGCCAAGCCCGACCAGAUUGCGGCGCUCCAGGCGGCAGUGGCAGACGCCAACCGCCAGCUGGAAGACAUGGCCGCCAGCCUCCACUCGGGCACCUACAUUGAUGCGGAGGCCGACCCAGAGGAGGUGGUUGCUGACCUGGAGGGCAUGCUGCAGCGCCUGGGGGGCCUUGGGGAGGCCCUCGGCACGUACAACCAGUACCUGUCUCUGGUGGACCAGCCGCCCGAUGAGGGGGGCGCCCUAAUGAUGGCAGAGAAGGAGGCCAACACGCGAUACCAGCUGUGGCUGUCGCUGCGCGACUUCAUGGCCUCCAGCGCGUCAUGGACGGAGGAGGCGGUGCUGGAUGACGACGGCGGACUGCUGCUGGAGAUAGAGGCCAUCAGGGCCGAGGUGGAGGAAUACGCCUCGAAGGCCUACAAGGCAUCCAAAGCACACAAAGACGAUCCUGUGGGCGUGCGGCUCAAGGAGGUGGUGGACGAUUUCAAAGAGAUCAUGCCCCUGGUUGAGGAGCUGGCCAACCCUGCCCUGAAGAUGCGCCACUGGGAGGAGAUAUUUGCCCUGAUAGGCGCUGAGAUAGAGGGCAACGAGAACGGCACAGGCUACGCGCCCUUCAGCAUCCGCCACCUGCUGCAAUUUGACCUGCUGGACAACCUGGAGAAGCUGCAGGCCAUAGGCAGCCAGGCCUCCAAGGAGUUGAGCCUGGAGAAGGCCCUGGCCAAGAUGAAGGCUGAUUGGCAGGACCUGGAGUUCAGGGUGGUGGGCUACAGGGACACGGGCACCUACGUCAUCGGCGGCACGGAUGACGUGCAGGCGCUGCUGGACGACCACAUAGUCAAGGCCCAGACGAUGCGUUCGUCGCCAUUCUUGAAGCCGCUGGAGGCCGAGGCUGUCGCCUGGGAGAAGCUGCUGCUGCAAACUCAGGACCUGUUGGACAACUGGCUGUCCUGCCAGUCCACCUGGCAGUACCUGGAGCCGAUUUUCAGCAGUCCAGACAUCCUGGCGCAGAUGCCUGAGGAAGGGGACAAGUUCCAGCAGCCCCAGCCCGCGGCGCCGCUGCAGGUGGACGCGACAUGGCGCGGCCUGAUGGAUGCCGCUCACGGCAGCCCGGGCGUGCUGGGCCUGGCGGCCGACGCGGAGCGCCUGGCGGCGCUGGAGGAGGCCAACGCUCUGCUGGAGCAGAUCCAAAAGGCGAGUGCGCUGCCGUGA